AUGGCUGUAAAUAUUACACCCCCUAUCCCAACUUUUGGCACAGACGAUGAUGAUGAAGAAGAGGAACUGGAUAUCGAUACAAACUCACUGUACGCACGGCGAUAUUUUUUGACGUACAUGGAGUAUGCCACGAUAGUCUUCUUUACUCUGGAGGCAAUUUUCCGGAUCAUUUUCUGUCCUAAUAAGUUACGCUUUUGUCGGAGUUUUCUGAACAUAAUGGAUAUCGUUAGCUUGGGGGCAAUGUACGCAACGACCUUAGUUGAGUAUCUGCUCCCAGAAGAGCGUUUCAAGACCUCGAUUCUGGAUUACGUGGAAAUUCUGCAGAUUCUGCGAGUUUUCCGGGUAUUCCGGAUCGUGAAGGACGUGAUCGGGUUCCGGGUCCUAGUGUAUUCCCUACAUUCCAGCAUCCGGGAAAUACUUCUUCUCCUCCUGUACCUCUCCAUCGGAACCGUCCUUUUCGCCAGCAUCAUGUACUUCCUGGAGAGAGAACAUGCGCAGUAUCCCUGA